ACAAUAUUGUUAACAGUGACAUUUACACAGAGUUGGUAUUAUUUGUCUACUGACAUUUUUACUGAUUUUUUAGCACACAACCGGCUGUCAUACUAAAUACAAUAGACGAAGCGCUGUUCAUUUAGUUUUGUGAAUUUACUUAUGUUGCACAAAUACAUGAAUUAGUUGGAAAGAUUGAAAGACGAUAACUGCCCAGCUGCCAAAUCAAUGGAAAAUACAUUCGACGAUGAGGAUCGAAUUGAGCCGUGCCGCACAUGCGGCAUCUAUUUCAUAUUCAGCCAAUCCAUAAUUAGGCCAAUAUUUACAAAAUGCGAAACCGGCGACAUGCCGGAAAUCGUGCAACAAAUGCACGCCUGGAAUCUAGAGCUCAAGGAAGACGAUGGGCGGCCGCAGUACAUGUGCAUAGCCUGCAUCGCUGAGUUCCAGAAAUUGCUGAAAUUCAAACGCAACUGCCUGGAGACACAGGAGCAAUUCGAGAAACUGGACAUCAGGCGUGACCAGAAUGGAGUGGUCAUUAAGCAGGAAAUUGCAGAGGCAAACGAGCAGACAUUUUGCGGCUUCAUUUAUCUCGAUACGGACGACGAAGAGGAGGAGGACGAGGAGGCGGGCAUCGCCGAGGAUGGCAGCAGACGUGUCUGGGCUCCACUUGAUAUACCGCAUAUGCCCAUCAAGGAGGAGCACACGGCACGUGUGCCGCACGAGACACAAUAUCAUCAGCAGCCGAUCGUUGGUAAUCUGUCCGAGGAGGCAAUCUUCGCCCAAGUCAAGCCCGAGGAGCUAGCGUAUGACGAAGCAGUGAUCACGCUGCCAACAACAAUGCAGGAGCCGGGCGUCUUCUGCAAAAUGUGCGGACAUGCUUCGGCCACGCAGGCCAAGCAUACCGAGCACAUGAACCGGAUACACAUGCUCAAGAACACCGCGUGCCAUAUAUGCGGCAAGAAGUUCACCAACGCGCUCGAAUCGCGUGUCCGGUUUCACAUGAAAUGGCAUAAGCUGCAAAAGCACGUGAAAUGUCCCAUGUGCGGCUUCUUCUGCAGCUCCAAAGACACGCUGAAGGAGCACAAAAUUGCGGAGCAUACGCGCUGCAAAUGUGAAUUCUGCGGCAAGAUACUGAAGCACAAAAACCAACUGGGACAUCUAAAUCGUCAUCUUCAAGAAUACGAAGAGGAACUGGCGCGCAAGCUGGGAUCAAUGCAGACGAUGGAAACGGCGACAGUCAAAACGCAGCUACGCUUAAUAGGUUGCGCCUUCUGCGAUGAGACCUUCGAGGAUGCCGAGCAGCUGCAGACGCAUGUGCAACACAAGCAUCGCACCGUGCCACCUGAAGAACGGUACACAACGGAGGAAGAAUCUCUGACGGUAACCACAACUGGACAAUUGCCAGCAAGCGAUACCUGCAAACCAGCCGCCCAGUCAGAGUCAUCCCAUCCGGAGUCGGAUAGAACAAGCACCCAGCGGGGCAAUGUGUCCAUGUGCGAGUGUAAUAUAUGCGGAAAAACAUUCAAUCUACAAAUCAAACUAAAUCGGCAUCUUCGGCUGCACAGCAAGUCGCCAUUCUGAUGGAUAUGCGAUGUCCGUGUAGCCGAAAGAACAGCCCCAAAUCGGAUAAAACACACACAGAAUCCUAUGUUCAGACUAUCCUAAUGGAUAAGCACAACAAAAGACACACAUCCCAGAUCCACACAUCCAUACUGACUAAGCCAUCAUCAUAAUAUCAUUGUUAAUAAUAAAUUCAUCUAGUUAAGGUUUUCAUGCAA